GCUUCAGGCAGAAAGAUGGAGAAAUUUUCUGUCUCCGUGAACAUCGCAGCCAACAGCAAGGUCGCAUUCACCCUUACGUACGAGGAGCUCCUCCAGCGUCGGCUUGGCAAAUAUGAGCUCAUGAUUCGAGUCAAACCCAAGCAGCUGGUCCAACACUUUGAGAUUGUUGCUGAUGUCUAUGAGCCUCAGGGCAUUGCAUUUUUGGAUGCCCAUGGGACGUUCGUAACCAAUGAGCUACUUCCCCUGGUGGAGAAAACAGUCACUGACACAAAGGCCCACGUGUCCUUCUCUCCAACUCUGGAUCAGCAAAGGAAAUGCUCAGGAUGUGAUGGGACACUGAUAGAUGGAGACUUCUUCAUUAACUAUGAUGUAAAGCGUGCACAGGAUCUUGGAGAUAUUCAGAUAGUGAACGGGUAUUUUGUACACUUCUUUGCUCCAACUGAGUUGCCACGGUUGCCAAAGAAUGUCGUAUUUGUGAUAGACAACAGUGGCUCCAUGAGCGGAACGAAAAUGCAGCAGACGAAACAAGCACUGCUGACCAUUCUCAGCGACUUGAACGAACAAGAUCACUUUUCCCUGGUAACUUUUUCAUCUUCUGUUGACACUUGGAGGAAAUCACUACAGAAAGCCACAGAGGAAAAUGUGAAAGCGGCACAAGCCUUUGUUCAAACUAUAUAUGCAUCAGGCGGGACGAAUAUCAAUGAUGCUGUCUUGCAUGCUGUGGGCAUACUGGAUUUGGACAAGAAAAAUACCACAGUCCCAGAAAACAGUGCAUCCAUGAUCAUCCUACUGACUGAUGGAGAUCCAACCUCAGGUGAAACAAAUACAGACAAAAUCCGACAAAAUGUCCAGAAGGCUAUUGAUGGAAACAUGACCCUAUUUUGCUUGGGCUUUGGCUACGAUGUACAGUUUAGCUUCCUGGAUGUUCUGGCCAAGGAGAACAAUGGUCUGGCUCGGAGAAUCUAUGAGGCAUCAGAUGCUGUGCUUCAGCUGCAGGGAUUCUAUGAUGAGAUUGCAAACGUUCUCCUCGCAGAUGUGAACUUCCAUUAUCCGGACACGGUAAAUUCAGUGACUGGCAGCCAGUUUAAGCAGCUGUUUAACGGCUCUGAAAUUGUCGUGGCAGGUCGACUGAAUGACAUCGAGAUGAACGACUUUCCGAUCGAAGUGGCCGCUCAGACGAAAGAGAAUGAUUUUGUGCUAAAAGGCCAGGCCAGUGCUCAGGACUGGAAACUCCUCUUCCCUGACCAAGAGUACAUCUUUGGUGAUUUCACAGAGCGUCUCUGGGCAUAUCUGACCAUCCAGAAUCUUUUGGACAAGAAAGAAAAGGGUUCACCUGAGGAGAAGAAAAAUGCCACAGCAGAAGCACUGGAGCUCUCUCUGAAAUACAACUUCGUCACGCCACUCACCUCCAUGGUGGUCACCAAGCCUGAGACUGAAGAAAAGCCAGAGGAAGCACUUAUUGCCGACAAGUUGACAGAGGAUGAGCGUCGGGAUACGGCACAAAAUGCUAUAACUUCACACGCUUCCAGGACUUACACAUCAUCACCUAUAAACUGGGUUGAUUCAGAUCCACACUUCAUCAUUGAGUUCCCAGACCAAAAUGACGCCAUCUGCUUCAACAUCAAUGACGAACCGGGCACCAUUUUCAACCUGAUCAAAGAUCCAGUGACAGGUAUUGUGGUAAAUGGUCAGACCAUUGGGGACAAGAAGAUAAACCCUGAGAAAACAAUAAACACCUACUUUGGGCGCUUUGGAAUUAUUCAUGGUAAAUUUGGCAUCAGAUUGGUGGUGACUACACAGGACAUCUUGGUGUUUGAAGAGGACAAACAGGCAAAAUUCUUCUGGUCCGAAAAUACCUCCAUCAAAGGGCCCAACAUGGACCUGCAAGUCGCCAAAGACCGCAGUCUUACAGUGACCUUCAGGAACUCAAUGAAAUUUGUUAUUAUUCUACACAAAGUGUGGAAGAAACAUCCCUACCAUCAGGACUACUUGGGCUUUUACACCCUGGACAGCCACCUGUUUUCACAAAGAGUCCACGGUCUACUUGGACAGUUUUUCCAUGGUAUAACAUUUGAGGUUAGUGAUGUCUUUCAAGGGGAAGACCCAGACAAACCAGAUGCCAACAUGUUUGUGAAGGGCCACAAUCUUACAGUGACCAGGGGCUGGCAGAGAGACUUCAGAAAGGAUGUGAAGAAAGGAGAAAAUGUGCCCUGCUGGUUCAUUCAUCAUAAUGGCACGGGGAUCAUUGAUGGAGUCAUUGGAGACUACAUUGUCUCUGGUCUCUUUAAGACAACCUGA